CGAGUCAGCCAAUAACUUGAAGCUCUGCCAGGUCCUACUAGCACGCGUCUUGUGCUUCGCGCUCGGGACAGGAUCUCCACCACAACGUGAUCCAAGAGAUUACACGACUUUCGUCAUUUCUGCAAGAUCGACGGCUCUAUGGCGCAGGCUGCACUCGAUGCAGGGUAGAUUACAGAUACUCAUCAUCCUAAUCCACGGUCUGCUUCGCCAGCACACUGGUACAGUUUCACGCCCGAUAACAAUAUGGUCGCGAACAUCCCUCUCGGUGGCUUAAGUUUCAGAAGAUACCCAAGAAUCUAAUGCGCCAGAACAGUCUUGACCAUGGGGCACUUUGGUAUACUUGUAGUUCUUUAUUGCAGUCCUCGUUUCAGUCCUCGAUGCAGCUAGGUCGACUUUGGGCCUGGUAUGCGGGUGGAACAGGAUAUGGGGGUGGGACUGGGUAUGGUGGAGGGUAGGGAUGUGUGGCCGCGUGGACUUCGGGUGGCUCCACUACCAACGGGUGAUUCUCUGCGGGAUCCAGGCUAUCAUGGGUACUGGUGGGACGCGAUGUCGAGUCGGGUACCGCUACCGAAUCACGCGGUGGUUUUGGCUUGGGGAUCUUGUCCCAAAAACGGGAGCAAAGAUAGACCAAGCUCACAAGCCCCGCCCCGCCU